AUGUGUUCUUCCGGCUGCCGGAGCCUCCUCCGACACCAUGCUUCCUCCUCUUCGUCCGCCGCCAUCAAUACACCUUUUCGAGUAGCGUUCAACAAGAUCGACGUCGAUCAUGACGGAAGAAUAAGCCACGACGAUCUUCAAUCGUUCUACCACAGGUUUUGCCAUGACAUGGACGACCACACCAAAAAUAGAGACAUCAUAGAGACGAUGAUGAAGGAGGCGGACACCGACCACAACGGGUUCGUGGAGUACGAAGAGUUUGAGCACGUGUUGGAAAGAGCGGCGGAUGGCGGGAAAAGCGCUUGGGGCUGUGGAGUGAUGAAGGAAGUGUUCAGAAUCAUGGACAUGCAUGACCAUGAUGACAAGCUUAGCCACAAAGAUCUGAAAAGCUUCAUGGAGUGGGCUGGGCUCGCGGUUUCCGACCAAGACAUCGAUGACAUGAUCGCCCUUGGCGGCGGCGAUCAAAACGACGGCGUAAGCUUUGGUGGUUUCAUUCGGAUACUUGGUCUUGAACCCUGA